UUCCGGUGACUAGCGGAAGCGGGGACGGGCAGCCGGGGACGCCGGGCCUGCCGGCAUGGCGGGGGCGGGGCCUGGGGAGGCGCGCGUAGAGCAGGCCCGGGGGUUCCUCGCCCUGGCCUUUUGAACCCGGACCGGACAGAGAUGAGAUAAUGGAUUACCAUGUUUCCACCAUUAAACCUCGAAGAAUCCAAAACCAAAAUGUGAUUCACCGCUUGGAGCGCCGGCGGAUCAGUUCAGGCAGGGCAGGCACCCACUGGCAUCAGGUCCGCGUGUUCCACCAGAACGUCUUCCCCAACUUCACAGUCGUCAACGUGGAAAAGCCUCCUUGUUUCCUGCGCAAAUUCUCACCCGAUGGACGCUACUUUAUCGCUUUCUCUUCAGACCAGACCUCCCUGGAAAUCUACGAGUACCAGGGCUGCCAGGCAGCCGAGGAUCUCCUGCGGGGCUGUGAGGGCGAGAUCCUGUCCAACGGCAACGACCAGCGGUCAGUCAACAUCCGGGGCCGGCUUUUUGAACGCUUCUUUGUCCUGCUGCACAUCACAAACGUAGCGGCCAAUGGCGAGCACUUGAACCGCGAGUGCAGUCUCUUCACUGAUGACUGCCGGUGUGUCAUCGUGGGCUCCGCCGCCUACCUCCCCGACGAGCCCCACCCACCUUUUUAUGAGGUGUAUCGAAACAGUGAGUCUGUGACCCCCAACCCACGGUCCCCUCUGGAGGACUAUUCCCUUCACAUCAUUGACCUUCACACCGGCCGCCUGUGUGAUACGCGCACCUUCAAGUGUGACAAAGUGGUCCUGUCACACAACCAGGGUCUGUACCUGUACAAAAACAUCCUGGCCAUCUUAUCAGUGCAGCAGCAGACCAUCCAUGUCUUCCAGGUGACCCCUGAAGGCACCUUCAUUGACGUGCGGACCAUUGGCCGCUUCUGCUAUGAGGAUGACCUCCUCACCGUGUCGGCCGUCUUCCCUGAGGUGCGGCGGGACAGUCAGACAGGCAUGGCCAGUCCUUUCAGAGACCCCUUCAUCAACUCCCUGAAGCACCGGCUGCUCGUGUACUUGUGGCGCCGAGCAGAGCAGGACGGCAGUGCGAUGGCCAAGAGGCGCUUCUUCCAGUAUUUCGACCAACUGAGGCAGCUGCGCAUGUGGAAAAUGCAGCUUCUGGACGAGAACCAUCUGUUCAUCAAGUACGCCAGCGAGGAUGUGGCGACCCUGCGGGUCACAGACCCCUCGCAGGCAUCUUUCUUUGUGGUGUACAACAUGGUGACAACAGAGGUGAUUGCUGUGUUUGAGAAUACAUCAGAUGAGCUUUUAGAGCUCUUUGAGAACUUCUGUGACCUAUUCCGUAAUGCCACCCUGCACAGUGAAGUCCAGUUUCCCUGCUCAGCUUCCAGCAACAAUUUUGCAAGGCAGAUCCAGCGCCGGUUUAAAGAUACUAUUGUAAAUGCCAAGUAUGGAGGGCACACAGAGGCCGUGCGCCGGCUGCUGGGCCAGCUCCCCAUCAGUGCCCAGUCUUACAGUGGCAGCCCCUACCUUGAUUUGUCUCUCUUCAGCUACGAUGACAAGUGGGUGUCGGUCAUGGAGCGGCCCAAGACUUGUGGAGAUCACCCUAUCAGGUUCUAUGCCCGGGACUCAGGCCUGCUGAAGUUUGAGAUCCAGGCAGGCUUACUGGGCCGCCCCGUCAACCACACAGUGCGCCGGCUUGUUGCUUUCACCUUUCACCCCUUUGAACCUUUUGCUAUUUCCGUGCAGAGGACUAAUGCUGAGUAUGUCGUCAACUUCCAUAUGCGACACUGCUGCACAUAGGUGUCUCACCGAAGCCAGGUUCUCUGGUCUCCCAAGACCUUGCCCCGUCACGUCUCCGUGGACGCUAAAGCGAAAGCUCCUGAUGUCCAGCUGUGUUGGUCCCCGGCUGGCGUACCUCAGGUGGGCAGAGCCUGAGGACCAAGGCGUCUUGGCCUAAUGAGAGUUUCUCGUUGUAUGCAACUACUGAUCAAUCUCGGGUCCUCUUGCCUUUUCCCUGUGGGAAGGCCCAGCAUUCAUUAAGUCCGUUUAACUCUUGUAUUUUGCAUCGUAUUGCUGUGAAGAUGAGAGCAUUACACCUUUACCCCCUUCAUGUUGCUUCCUUGGCAUUAUGGUGUGCAGCCUGAAGCAAGUAGAUCUUGUUUACUCAUGAGAACUGGGUACAUCCUUUCCCUUAGCCAACCAGCAGGGCUAUCUUUAUAAGAAAAAAAUAAUAAAGCCUUGGUAUUUUCUUACUUAAAUAUA